UGGAUCGUCGAGACCAGCAACAUCACAUGCAGUAAUUUUCUCCGAUGCUUACGUGCGAUGUCAGUUUGGACGUUCAAUUGUAAUUUUUCACAAAAUUAUAAGAAUUGAGGAUCCAUCGAGAUGGCGAAUCCUUUAACCAACGUUCCUGUAUCUGAGAUUCUUAAGAAUAAAAGCACAUUUGAGGAUGAACCUAGGAAAAAGAGUAGAGAGGAUUGGCGAAAAGCUAAGGAAUUGGAAGAAGCACGGAAAGCCGGUACCGCUCCAGCAGCUGUAGACGAGGAAGGGAAGGAUAUCAAUCCGCAUAUACCGCAGUACAUCAGUGCAACCCCAUGGUACUUUGGGGCACAGGGCCCUACGUUAAAGCAUCAGAGGCCGCAACCGGAAAAGCAGAAAAAGUUUAGUGACUUAAAUGAAUGGUACAAGCGUGGUGUAGACACAACUCAUGUAGCAAUAAAAUAUCGCAAGGGAGCUUGCGAAAAUUGUGGGGCCAUGACUCAUAAGAAAAAGGAUUGUAUGGAGAGGCCACGUAAAGUUGGAGCAAAAUACACAAAUUCCAACAUAGCACCCGACGAGUACGUGCAGCCUGAAUUAUCCGUGGACUAUGAUGGCAAAAGAGACAGAUGGGCUGGGUAUGAUCCAGCGGAACACAGAGCAAUCGUCGAGGAGUAUCAGAAAAUUGAGGAGGCUAAACGCCAAAUGAGAGCAGAUAAACUUAAUGCUGAAGAAAACGACGAGCAAGAUUCUGAUAAAGAUGAAGACAAGUACGUCGAUGAGGUUGACAUGCCAGGAACAAAAGUCGAUUCCAAACAACGAAUCACUGUCAGGAAUUUGCGGAUUAGAGAAGACACAGCUAAAUAUUUACGCAACUUGGAUCCAAAUUCAGCUUAUUAUGAUCCGAAGACGAGGUCCAUGAGAGAUAACCCUUACGCAGGAACAGAACGAGAGGUAGACUAUAAAGGAGAAAAUUUUGUUCGGUUUUCGGGUGAUACUCAACAACAUGCAACGGCACAAUUGUUUGCUUGGGAAGCUCAUGAAAAGGGAGUAGAUGUUCACUUACUUGCAGAACCAACCAAACUCGAGUUAUUAAAACAAGAGUAUGAUAAGAAACGAGAUGAAUUGAAGGAGAAAGCACGUGAUAGUGUAAUUAAUCGAUACGGUGGAGAAAAGCACCUCGACGCACCUCCAACUUCUCUAUUAUUAGCUCAAACUGAACAAUAUGUGGAAUAUUCCAGAUAUGGCAAGAUUAUUAAAGGACAAGACCGACAAAUCAUUCGAUCCAAGUAUGAGGAAGAUGUUUACCCAAAUAAUCAUACAUCGGUUUGGGGUUCCUACUGGCAGAACGGCCAAUGGGGCUACAAAUGUUGUCAUUCUUUCAUAAAAAAUUCAUACUGUACUGGAGAAGCAGGAAAAUUGCGCCCUCCGGACGAUCUCCAAAAGAAUCAGGGAGCAACAGCUAGUCAAUCUGGAGAACAAUGUCUUUUAGAAACAAAUAUCCCGUCCACGCGAUCAUCAUCGAGCGAUGAAUCUUCUCAUGAUUCUUCUUCGGAAUGUGAAGAUAUAAAAUCCAAAUCGCGUAAAGAGAAGAAAAGAGAAAAGAAACGAAAACAAAAGGAGAGAUUGAGAAACAAGAAAAAAGUUGAGAAAUCACAAAAUGCAAAGCUGAAAAUUGCUCUCGAAGAAGAAGAGAAGAGACAGAAGGAAGGACAACGGUUAUUGCAGAUGAAUGAAAGAAAGCGACCAUAUAAUAGUAUGUAUGAAACAAAGGAAUUGACAGCUGAAGAGAUUGAAGCAUAUCAGAUGAAGCGUAAACGAGACGAAGACCCUAUGGCUCACUUCCUUAAGGAUUGAAAGUAAAGAUACUUAAAUUACACUUUAUCGUAUAAGGAUGUGGAAAAAUCAGGGGAUAGUUCUUUUACCAAAAAGUGAUGCGUUGAGAAUUUUCCUUUUGCAGAAACUUGACUUUUAUAUGGUAUUACGUAAGGUAGAAGUUGAAAAACGGUUGGCGAACAAAAAUCUGUACAUAAUUAACAAUAUGUACUGUACAUAUAAUAAUGUGUAUAAUGUAUUUAGGCAUAACAAAUAGUUUCAAAUAGUAAGUUAUCUAUGGAGUCGAA